AUGUCGUCUCCCGAUCCUUCAGGUCUUGGUCCAAACUUGGGGGCUCUUGAAGUUGGCGUCCUUGUGGCAUACUUUUUGGCUGGAAUGAAUAUCCUGCAAGCGUUCAUAUACUACCAGGCCGAGUUCCCGAACGAUAGUCGUUUCAUCAGAGCCUUGAUCGCCGUCGUGAUUGCUGUUGAGAUGUUUCACAGUGGAUUGAUCGGCGCGUUCAUCUACAACGCCACGAUUGAUAACUUUGGCAACUACGCUGCACUAGACAGGACUCCUUGGACCAUGGCGAUUACUAUUCCGGUUGGCGGUCUCGCGCAGGCGUUAGUUCAGCUAUUCUUCGCUUUCCGAGCAUACAUCGUUACUAGAAAGCGGAUCUGGAUACUCCUGUUGUCCGGGACGGGGACGAUGAUCCAUCUCUCGUGCUCCAUCGUCGGAGGAGUCGAGUCUGCGCGUCACAGUAUCUCUGUUUUCACAGUCCAGUAUCGCUAUAUUGCGAUCCUCGGGCUUGUGGCCGGCGCCUCGGCCGACGCUCUGAACACCACAAUGCUUGUCUAUGCUCUAUACCGCGCCCGUAGCAGGAUCACACAGUCGCGUAAGAUAGUCGAGCGUUUAAUACUAUGGUCGACAGAGACGGGAGUCCUAGUAACCGCUGUUAGCUUCCUUGGCCUGAUUCUUGUGUUUGCGCUGCCCCAGACACCUGCUUGGCUGGUCGUUGUCUUGGUCUUCGCUAAAUUAUAUUCCAAUACAAUGUUAGCCACAUUCAAUGGCCGACUCGCCCUGCGAUCUUCCGGCACCCAAGCGCAUAUCAGUGUCAUGACUUUGACAGGAGUUCCCAAGGGCCAAGCCCCAGCCAAAAAGCCGCACAGCUCUCCCGUCCACGUUCAGAUGACGCGCCAAAAAAUCAUCAUGAGGGACGGUCAGUGGGGGGACACGAUGGAAAGCGUGGACCGUGAGAGUCCCGUCAAGGAUGCGCAGUCGCUUUCAGCUCCCUUUGCCCACGACGUCUCCGUCGGGGAUACAGUCGCGGGUCUCGGAGACGGCCGUAACGAGGUGUAG